AAGCGUACGUUGAUUUAACUUAAUUUCGAUUAUUUUUAACCGUUAAUAACUCACUCAAUAAUGAAAAUAUUCAAAGCACAGAAAACAUUCUUCUUUAUAGAAUAUGUAAUGGGUACAGGUGCAUUUGCCCUAAACUGAAACAGAGCGAGCUGUGACCGUGGAAAUACAGAGUAUCUAUAUGUUCCCAUAUACCUAUAGGAGAUAGACAGAGAAAACAAAUGUCAGUGUGGCGGCCCCUUAAGAGAUGAUGUGAAGAAAGCAAAAAUUAUUUAAUAAUUAUUAUACAUAGCUGUUAUUAAUUGCAGUAGUCAUCGUUCACGUUCAGCAGGUGUUCUAUUAUAGGCGCUAAAACAUAAUAAGGCGUACAAAGAUAAUAUCAAAAAUCAAAAAUGUUUCCAAUACGUAUUCAAAUAAAUAAACGAACGCUACGAAUGAAAUUACAUUAUUUUCUUUACAUGGGUGGUGUAGCAUCAGUUCAAGGAUUUGCACCUACAAUAGCGAAACAACUGGGCUAUUCGCCGAUGGUGGUCGGUUCUGUUUUCACAUAUUUGUCCAUGUUAUCCUUCUUCGUGAAACCCAUUGUGGGAAUUAUCGUUGAUAAAUUUCGGGUGAAAAGAAUUAUGUUUCUCGCAUUUGUUCUGUUAUGCGGUCUUACGGCGUUUUCUAUAAAAUUCGUCCCGAAAAUACCCACGGAAGCUGUCGCGAAUCUAAGUUGUGGAGCGACAACGGUGAUGAACGUUUGUUCGAACGAUGACGACCGGUUGUCUCAAUGUGAUGACAGUCUAUUCAAGCUCGUAAAAUACAGCGCAGAACCCAUCGAAUGCCAAUUGCGUUGUGAACAGAACAAAUCGUUUCGGGACGAAAUCUAUAGAUCUUGGAAUAUCGUCGAUCACAAUAUUGAUAUAAAUCCAAAUAUUACGUAUAAAAACGACGAAUUUGAGGAUCUCGACGUGACUUUGAUUAUCUACGCAACAGACCAGGUCGAACAGAACAAUGUCGGGUUUCAAGUGAAAUCGGUACACAUCAUGAAAACCCAAGUCGCAUUUCCGGUCUGCCAGAGACCGGUGAGUACUCGGUGCAAGAUCAACUGCUCAAACGAUGUCGUAGUGGAAUUGGCGACCGUCCAAAAGUUCGAAGGGAGUGUUUUUGGCUUACAUCAGUUCUGGAAAUAUUUAACUGUCAUGAGCUUGUUUUGGAUUAGCCAAGCAAUCACUUGGAGUCUACAAGACCCCAUAUGCUUUGAUAUUUUAGGUGACAAGCCUGAAGAUUUUGGAAAACAAAGGUGCUGGGGAUCCAUAAGUUGGGGAAUUUUCUCAGUUUUUGGCGGAGCGCUGGUCGAUUAUUUCAGUUAUAGUGACUAUGAAAAAAACUACGUUCCAGUUUAUUAUCUAUGCCUUGUAAUCAUACUAUGGGAUUUUGCCUUGGCGUACAAAAUAGAAGUAACUGAGACAAUCGGAUCUAAGAAUACAUUUUCAGACGUAUUCAAAUUAAUAACUAAUAUGAAUGUCAUAGUCUAUUUGAUAUGGAUCGUAGUGAUGGGAAUUUGUACAACGAUGCCAUGGAACUAUCUAUUUUGGUACAUGGAGGACUUGACCCAAAAGUACCACAGUGACAAACAAUCGUGGACGAAAACUUUACAGGGUUUGGCCAUUGGAAUUCAAUGUAUCGGCGGUGAAUUGCCGUUAUUAUUUUUUUCCGGUUGGUUGAUCAAACGAAUCGGCCACACGUAUUGCAUGGCCUUAGGUCUUUUCACUUUUGCUCUCAGGUUCUAUCUGUACUCUGUGAUCACCAACCCCAUUUGGAUACUGCCCGUCGAGUUCACCAACGGCAUUACAUUUGGACUCUGCCACGCCGUCUUGCUAGCCUAUGCUAGAUUCGUUGCUCCGCCGAAUUCGGCCACCACCGUGGUGGCACUAUCCGGAGCACUUUUCGAAGGCGUUGGUACAUCAAUUGGUGGCUUGGUCGGCGGAUUUAUGUACCAAACAUAUGGCGGAGAGAAGACAUUUGAAUUAUUUGCGUAUGGCUCAUUAAUAAUGGGUAUUCUCCAUGUAAUAUUUAUUAAGUUAUAUAGGUAAUACCUAGGUCGAUGAAUACGAAAAUUACGAAAUAAAAUAAGAAAGAUUUAUUUUGAAACCAAGCUAGGUAUACUUACCUAGUUUUUUAAUAAGUCUUCUAUGGGAAAUAAAUUGAAAAUGUAAAUAAUUUGAUUAACAACAAAAUAAAUUAUUAAUGAUUUACUUUUCUGGAAACCUGUUUCAAUUGAUAACAUGAUUUUUACACUGCCACAGAAAUUGUAUUUAAAUAAAACUGACACGCAAAUAUUAUGUGCCUAAAAAAAAAAUGUCAAUAUCAAGUUUUUAAUUUUAAUACUCGACGUUCGUUCUUAAGUAUAAAUAAAAACGAUUCGAAUUUUUAUAACAAAAUACGUCUAUCUCGAUUGUGGUGUUUGGCAUAAAAGUUACGAUUGGUUGUUAUCAAAGUCAUAUGACGUAAGUUAUUUAAGUUUUUAAAAAUAUAUUUUUAGUAUUUAAUAUUUAUUUUUAAUUUAAUAUUGUAUUAAUUAUGAUGACGUCUCUGUUGUAUUGUUCAAAUUAUAUUUUUAAAUAAAUGUUUAUCUUUUUAGGCAGAAAAAUUAAGUCUUGAUAAAGUUAAAAGUAUUUUUUUACUAUUUUUAAGGAGAAAAUACUAUGCACCUGCCUACUGGCUAAUUUAUUUAAUUAUAAGUCAUGUUUUAGGUAAAUUUAAUACAAAAUAAUAAUGUUACAUACUAUUAUUAUUCAUAAUUAUAAUAUUAUUGUGUAAUUAUUUUUAUUGUUUCCGUAGAUUGUUUAAUUUUAUUAUUUGGUGCAACCUGCAGUGACAUAUUGCCAAUAAUAAAACAUAAAUUAUUAUAGUGUUAAGGUUUUGAUAUUUAUAAAUUAAAAGUCUGAAUGUAUUGAAAACUGUGUACAAAAAUUAAUGAUGUAAUAA